AUGGAAAUUUCAGCAAUAGAAGAUCUUAAAAUUAUCCCAGAUGUGGUGCAACCAUAUCCAGAUCCGUCCGUGGGACGCGAAGGUGUCAUUGUAAUAGACAACGGCUCAUUCAACUGCCGCGUCGGCUGGAUGUUAAAGGAAAAACCAGCGUUGAUAUUUCGCAAUCUACUGGCCAAGCCUCGGAAGGAUCGCACCAAAAAAGAUAUCGAUGUUGCGACGGUUCCCGUAACCCAGAUCGGUAACGAUAUAGUAAACAUCGAGGCGAUGCGCUUGCAGUUGCGCACCCAGUUCGAUCGUAACGUCGUAACACACUACAAUGUGCAGGAACAAAUUUUUGACUACAUUUUCACAAAGCUCGGCAUCAACUCCGAAAAUGGAGUACCUCACAAGGUUAUGAUUACGGAGUGCUUAUUCAAUCCAAACUACUGCCGCAGUUUGAUGUCGGAGCUACUCUUCGAAUGCUACGACAUACCGGGCUUGUCGUAUGGGGUGGACAGUUUGUUCGGCUACUAUGCAAAUCAACGACCGAAACAUGGUCUCAUCAUUGCCACCGGGUACCAUACGACGCAUGUCAUACCGGUUAUGAAUGGUCGCAUCGUCGUAGAAAAUAUACGGCGCAUAAACAUAGGUGGAUCGAAUAUGAUUGCGUUUCUGCACCGUUGCUUGCAGCUUAAGUACACCUUCCAUAUAAAUGCCAUCACGUUGAGUCGAUCGGAGGUUUUGCUACACAAGUAUGGUGAAUUUGCGUACGACUACAUGGAAGCGUUACAAAAUUGGGCUUCCCUCGAGUACUACGAACAGAACGUGAAGAAAAUUCAGUUACCGUUUAAUCAGACAACGACGACCGCAACACUAACUACUGAGCAAAAGUUUGAGAAAAAAAAGGAGCUUUCAAGGCGCUUGGUUGAAAUCAAUGCAAGACGUCGUGAGGAACGUUUGGCGCAGGAUGAAGAGCUGCUCAUACAGCUGCAGCAGUUGGAGGAGUCUGCAGAAGAUGGAGAUGACAUUCGCGAGGCUCUGGCAGAGCACAGUCUCAAAGAUGUAGGCGAGCUGAAGCGAAUGAUAAACACCGUGAACACUAGAAUCGAUAAAAUGCGUCAAAAAAUUAAUGCCUCUACAGCAACCAGCUCUCAUCAGAUACAAUCAGAGUCGGACAAACUGUUACAACCCCCACAAAAUAUGUCCGUGGCCGAAUGGGUCGAAGAAACACGCCGCAAACGGGACGCCAUUAUAGACAAGCGACAAGCACGACGGCAACGCAAGCAAGACCUUGCCAAGCGACGCACGGCAGCUGCCCAGGAACGUAUGCGCAUCAUUUCACAUUUGGCUCGUAAGGAGAAAGGAAGUGACGAUUUCGGAAUGCGAGACGAGGAUUGGGAUGUGUACAAACAGAUCAGUCGCGAUGAAGAUAGCGACAAUGAGAACGAAAACGAGCGUUUGCUGGAGUGCGAAAUUAUUCUCAAACAGUACGAUGCUACAUAUGAGGAUCCGUUGCUGACGAUGGCUGGCAAUGCGGCUGAGCUGUACCAGUUGCACGUCGGCGUGGAACGUAUCCGUGCGCCGGAAAUUCUUUUCCAGCCGAGCAUAAUCGGCAGCUACGAGGCAGGGCUGGCAGAAACGAUCGAUUUUGUGCUGAAGCUAUUUCCAGCCAACCAACGGCACUGCUUGGUGGAAAAUAUUUUCCUUACCGGAGGAUGUGCAAAGAUUCGAGGCUUGAAGGACCGGCUGUCGAGGGAAAUGAGAGAAAUGUUACCAUUUGAGACUAGAUUUGAUAUCGAAAUUGCCCGCGAUCCGGUAUUGGACGCGUGGAACGGAGCGAGUAAGUUUUGCCUAACGGAAACGUUUCGCCAAUCACUAAUCACACGUUCAAUGUACGAAGAAUAUGGGGGAGAAUACAUAAAGGAACAUGUCAAUGGGAACGUAUAUUUUCCGACUCCAAAGGUUUCUGACGAACAGAUGAUUAGUUAA